ACGCGUUUUUGGCGCGCAUUCUGGUGAGUAGCAGGUCUUUUGUGUGCCGAAAUUAAUAUGAACUCGGAAAACCUUCUAAUAGCUUAGAAAUUCGAGAAUUCGAUGAGCAGAUAGCCUCGGGUUCUUGAACCAAUAAUAUCAUUAGUUUCGACAUCGUUCUCCAGCCUUUCGUCAUCACAGUGUUUUCGACCUUCAUAUUAAUUGGCUAAAGCGAGGCUUUAUCCCAAAAUCUUCUCUUCUUCCAGUACUAUCAACUUCGUUUGCCACGAAUUAGCCUAUACCUUCAAUGUCGACCAUAGGAAAUAAUCGUAGUACGACAAGCUCAACGACCAAUCGCCGGUCGAUGUCAUCUAUUCCAAUGCCAAACGUGCAGGCAUCGCUGUCGUCUAAUGCGAACUUGGCGAAAAGUACCUCUGCACGAAGAAUUUCGACACCUGGAGGACAAGGAAAGCGUGCCGCUAAUGACAUAUCAUCUAACUCCAAUUCCUUAUCCACUUCCAACUCGACCCCCAUAUCCAACAAAUUGACCACAAAUAACCUCAGCAGCCUCAGUAGCUCAGUGCCAAGGCCGCGGGCAGCGCCAUCGAUCGUUUCUAGUCGAAGAUCUGUAGCUGGUUCCCGUCCCAAAGCCGCUCAAGAAAGACCGCAAUCAUUGUACGCUAAACCGACACAGACUGAAACUCCUACCCCGGUGGUCUUGUCCAACGACAUAUCGACGCAUUCGACUUCCACCAUGACGCCCACCAAGCCUCGACCACGCGUGACCUCCGCCGUAUCGAGCUUGGUAGCUACACCUACGUCGUCGCGUACUCGGGUGUUGUCGACGCCAGGGACCCCCAGCUCCGUUGCUAAAGCAUUAAAGGCAACUUCAGCAUCUCCUAGUAUCAGUCUCACGUCACCUUCACCUAUGCCUACUCCUGCACGUCCUUCUGCUUCUACCACAUCUCCUUCUGUCUCCGCUUCACAAAGGACACCUCAGCGCUCAACGAGCUCCCGGAUGUCAUUACAGGGAACUCCUACAUCAGCCCACAAAAAAUCCCUAGCCAGAUCCCCGUCGGACUCUGUUCAGAUUGUGGUCAAAGCCAAAACCUCCCCACAGCAUCAUCACAGUACAUCCUCGCAUUCUUCUGCAGGACUUUUCUCUCCAGAAAACUCCGUACCUUCGGUCCCAGUAGGCCCUGCCUCCAAUGUUCCGUCAAUGUGGACUGCUGGCGAAGAUUCGUUUGACGGUGAUUUCUCGAUGGAUCUGGACAUGAUUACCGAAGAAAACUCGGACACGCUGCUCGGCGGCGACUCUGAACUCGUGCCGCUUCUCAAUGAAAUUAAUACUCUUCAUAACCGAAAACUUACGUCGUACAAACGUCUCUUGGAACGUGCACAACACAGUAGUGCAGCCCAGCUACACGCUCUGCAAGCUGAAGUGCGGAUGCUUAGGGAGCAGCUACAGAACGGAGGUGGGGGCGGGAGGACUGGAAAUCGAGGACUGCUCAUUGGAAACGGUCAAGAUGAACUUGACGGCCUACUUGACGGGGGCGGAUACUUGUGUAGUAAUUGUGGAGGUCCAGGUGGUAAAGGCAAAAGAAGAUAUUGGGCUGGAUGGAGGGGGUUUGAAUCCGACAAUGAGGAGGAUGACUUCGACGACGGGGAUGGGGGUGAAUUAGUUGCGGCACUCCGUGGACUGGGCCGCGACACUUCCGGAAAGUACAUAUUUGACGAGCAGCGGGUAAGGAAGGUUGUCAGAAGAAUGGGGAGGGAAGCUCGAGGAAGAUUAAUUGGUAUCAUACUCGAUGCUUCUCAUCCAGGCGAUGCCUCUCUCCAAAUGCUCCUACUCCAAAAGUACCUCAAAUCCACAUAUGAUGUGCUUGGCAACCUCUCACCUCCUCUCGCUCUUCGCGUCCUUUUACACUUUCCUGUGACUGACGUUGUCCUCCGGCUGAGCCUUGUCUCAAAGAAAUGGAACAAGAUGAUUCAUCAUUUCACGUUCUGGCGGUACCAUUGUUACGACCUUACUCGCACAGAUCCUGUGCCCAUUCAAGCGCCGUUGCCUCCUCCUCGAGGACCCGGAGAUGCAGGAUGGUUCCCGCUAUACAAAAGCUUGCACCAUUUGCAGAAGAAUCUCGCAGAAGGACUGUCUCAAUCUAUUCUCUUCCUUCAUGGUCACACCAAUCACGUCACCACUCUCACGCUAAGAGGAAGACGACUCAUCAGCGGGAGUUAUGAUGAAAGUAUACGAUUUUGGGAAUUGCCGGAACGAGGGGUUGGUGUGGGUAUGUCGAGGGCGGCCAUUGAGAAUGAUAUUAUUGACGGUAGCGGAGAGAGCGGGAAGGGAAAGAAGGGAGGAGAGCCAAAGACGGAAGGGGUGAAAGAGGCGCUGAAAGCAGCGGAGUGUAAGAAGGUAUUGAAAGUGGGUAAGGUGGUUAGCUGCGUUGACUGGUUGAUCGAGGAAGAGGUUUUCGUCGUGGGCUUCCAUGACGUCGGCAGGGUACAUUUAUUCUCUUCGCUCACUUACACUCCAUUGCAACAGCUCGCUGGGCAUCUGAAUGGGAUCCGAGCUGUUGCUUUGACUUCAAAGAAUCUCGUUUCCGCUGGUGCUGAUAAAGCUCUCGUUUGUUGGGACUGGCGUGCUGGGACUAAGAUCGUGCGGUUUGGACAGCAAACAACAGUCAAUAUUGGUGUUCAGUUGAUAGCUGGUGCGACCAAAGAGGAAGGUGAGAGGGUAGUGAGUGUGACGAUCGAUGGAGUUGUUCGGGUGUUCAGUAUCCAACGAAGAGAAAUGAUUUCCCAGUUCAAGCUUUCCGAACUUGGUGGAACCGAUCCUUUCUUGAAUGCGAAACUGUUCAACGUCGGAGCCGCACCAAACAAUAUGCUCCAGUGGUUUGCAGCGAAAGGGUCUCAGAUGACUUGCGCCACAAAAUCCGUCAUCCUUCAUCUGCAAUGGCAGGAAGAUUCCGAGAGUGCUCCUGGCAUGGAAGUGAACGGAAAUAAUACCAAUGGCAAAUCAAAAGAGCCAUCCCUGACGGUCAAAUCACCCUUAACUCCCUCGGCUGCAUCUCUUAAAUCACCUACCCGUUCACCGUCAGUACUUUCUCUUGCAUCCAGUACACAUGCUGCGCAAAACCAAACACCCACCCGCUCUCGUACUUCCUCCUCAUUCUCGCGCUCAACGUCUUCUUCCUCCAUCACCGGAAGUGCAUCCAGGCGCCCUUCACUUCUGGGCAGUAUUUCUACAGGUCCGGGUGCAGCUGGUAUCGGAGGCGGAGGUGGAAGACUUAGUGUUAGUGGACGACGUACACCAUCGACUCCGUUGAGCCCUAACUCUAGGACAGUCACUCCGACGACGGCAUCUUCACUGGGAAGUUCAAUGAUGUCUGCUGGUGGACUCGGUGCUAGUGUGGUUCGGUUUGGGCAGCGUGCGGCGAUUCUUACGGCCCCGCCCAAGCUGGUAGCGUUGGUUGAAACCCCUGAUGUUGCAGUUGGUGCAGUUGAUCCGAGGAAGAAGAGGGUUGUGACGGCUACAAGAUUUAGCUCUCGAGUCGGGGCCGAUCGGCGGAUAUUCAUGUCCAUCCACCAAGACAAACCCGGCAAAACUAAAAAGUCAUCCAGAGCGAAUGGUGAUGCUGAGGAUGAUGACGACGACGAUGGAGAAGACUCGGACUCCGAUUUACACCAUAUUAUCACCGGGACCAAGUUUACUGAAUCAAGUACUGGCGAAAAGUACGUUCCGUACUCGGGUGUGGAUAUUGAUACGAAUUGUACACCCGUUACUGGAGCUUGGGCCGCGUUAGCUGAUGCAGAGAGCAUUCCCCGUUUGAAUGGGAAUGAGCCUGUGGGGAAAGUGAGAGGCUUAAUUGGCUCGCUUCCACCCAAGUUCGGUGGGUUAGCAAUGCCGGAGAAGAACCCGAUGUCGAUGCAGAUGAGCCAUGAGGAAGUGGUAGUAGGUUGUGCAGAUGGGACUAUAUAUGUGAUGAACUUUGUGGGGUAUGAAUAUCAGAAACCUCGCAUUGUCCGUUCGGAAGAUGAUGAUGAGGGUCAGGCGAGUAAUGAAGAUGACGAAGAGGAGAGCGAGGACGAGGAUCAGGAUCAGAUGUCGGAUUGAUGGGUGUUUGCAGUCAAACCUUGGAAGUUUGAGUUGAAGACGAAUUUAUUUUUGGUGAUGGACAUGUGUAAUUAUUUUGAAGGAAGAUCCAUAAGCCUUCACAAAAGUUACCUUACGCUCCUUUGUUUAUUAUGCAUUAGUAUAACUAUAGAUAAUUUCUAUGUUAACUACGGUCAG